GAUGCUCCAGACCUUGUAUGACUACUUCUGGUGGGAACGGCUGUGGCUGCCUGUGAACUUAACCUGGGCCGAUCUAGAAGACCGGGAUGGACGUGUUUACGCCAAAGCCUCAGACCUCUGUAUCACACUACCCCUGGCCCUGCUCUUCCUCAUCGUGCGAUACUUCUUUGAGCUUUAUGUGGCUACACCACUGGCUGCCCUCCUGAACAUCAAGGAGAAAACCCGGCUGCGGGCAACCCCUAACCCCACCUUGGAGCAUUUCUACCUGACCAGUGGCAAGCAGCCCAAACAGGCAGAGGUCGAGCUCCUGUCACGGAAGAGCGGGCUCUCUGGCCGCCAGGUCGAGCGCUGGUUCCGGCGCCGCCGCAACCAGGACAGGCCCAGUCUCCUGAAGAAGUUCCGAGAAGCCAGCUGGAGAUUCACUUUCUACCUGAUUGCCUUCAUUGCUGGCAUGGCCGUCAUUGUGGAUAAACCAUGGUUCUAUGACCUGAAGAAGGUUUGGGAGGGAUACCCCAUACAGAGCACCAUCCCUUCCCAGUACUGGUACUACAUGAUUGAACUUUCUUUCUACUGGUCCCUGCUCUUCAGCAUUGCCUCUGACGUCAAGCGAAAGGAUUUCAAGGAGCAGGUCAUCCACCAUGUGGCUACCAUCAUCCUCAUCAGCUUCUCCUGGUUUGCCAAUUACAUCCGAGCAGGGACCCUGAUCAUGGCCCUGCACGACUCUUCCGACUACCUGCUGGAGUCGGCCAAGAUGUUCAACUACGCGGGAUGGAAAAACACCUGUAACAACAUCUUCAUCGUCUUCGCCAUUGUCUUCAUCAUCACUCGACUGGUCAUCCUGCCCUUCUGGAUUCUGCACUGCACCGUGGUGUACCCCCUGGAGCUCUACCCCGCCUUCUUUGGCUACUACUUCUUCAAUUCCAUGAUGGGAGUGCUGCAGCUGCUACACAUCUUCUGGGCCUGCCUCAUCCUGCGCAUGGCCCACAAGUUCAUAACUGGAAAGCUGGUAGAAGAUGAACGCAGUGACCCGGAGGAAACCGAGAGCUCAGAGGGGGAGGAAGCGGUAGCGGGGGUAGGAGCCAAAAGCCGACCCCUAGCCAACGGCCACCCUGUCCUCAGCAACAACCACCGUAAGAAGGACUGAACCGUUGUCCCCGCUGCCCCUCAGAUUAACACAUGAAGCCAAGGAACUAGCCUGUCCCCCCUACAAGGCCACUUUAAGCCCUGGGGCGGGAAGCAGAAAGCAAGGAGAAAGCUCUUCUGUAUCCCCACCUCCUGCUUCUUUGUCACCCAGUUGCCUUUAAACCAAAUUCUAACCAGCCUGUCCCCAGGUAGAGGGGAGGCUGGUACGCCCUUUGUUAGAGGGGGAUGGACUUCUUUUCCUUUCCUUUUUCCAAGUUGUCCUAUUGCUUGUGAGGCCUUUCCUCAGCUCUGGGGGUGGGCAUUACAACUCACAUUCCUUAUUCUUCAGAAUUUGGCCCUAGCUGUUUGCCUCUGAUCCCCUGACCUCCAGAGCCAGGGUCGUGCCUUACUGUCCCACCUGCGGGCCUCAUUCUGCCAAAGAUGGACCAAGGCUCACCUUUCUAGCUCCCUAACUUGGGUGAGAAACCAAAGCUGAGCUGUAACUUUUUCCCCUCCCAAGACACAUGAAUGGAGUGUAGGAGGGUACACAUGACCUUUCCCCUGACUCUGCCAAAAAGGCGGAGCGGCACUGGGACUGUGUGGAUGGGUCUCCAUGCGACUUCUCCUCCGGCUCUAAUCACAGGUCCAAGACCUUACUGCCUCCUUUCUCUGGCCGCCUCCUCUAGGCUAGCUGGUUCGGAACAGAAUGGCAACUAGUUCUAAUUUUUAUUUAUUAAACAUUCGGUGUUCUGGUUUUAAAAGCCAGAAUUACAGCUAGCACCUGGCAUUUGAGCAGAGGGACCACUUCAGACCAAAAUGUACUGUUAAUGGUGUUUUUUUUUUAAUUAAAAUAUAUUAAAGAUUAAAACAUGACAACAAGUGUCUGAGACUAGCAGGAACUGAGAAGGGGGAUCAGCUAAAUAAACUAUGGUAGUCUUCCUCA